AUGGGCGGGUGUGUAUCAGGGCCAUUUACUAAUAUUAAAGUUGCUAAAUUAUCAUUUACUAAUAAAGGAAUUAUUAAACAAGGUGGAUUUGGAACUGUUUAUCGUGUCCGUGAGAAGGAGACGAAUGAAGAAUUGGCUGUCAAAAUCAUUACCACAAAAAAUGAUGAAAGUCUAGCGAAGAAAGCCAAAUAUGAGAUUUCCAUUCUUAGGAAAUUCCGGAACUUGAAAGAAAUUGUUCAUUUGAUGUCAGCUGAUUUUGAUGACUACGGCAACUACUAUCUCGUAUUUCCCUAUUUCCCACGUGGAAGCUUAGCUGACCUCUUGGCUGAUUUUCGGAAAUAUGAUUUGAGAUUAACAAAAGAAAGAAUUGUAUUCUUCCUUUCACACAUACUGAAUGGCCUGAUAUGGAUUCACACCAUGGGCUAUAUCCACCGUGAUUUAAAACCGGCAAACUUUGUUUUCAAUGAUCGUGAUGAACUUGUAAUAAUUGAUUUGGGAUCUGUCAUGAGAAAGAAUAUAAUUAUUGGUAAUAAUAAUGAGAGGAAUCGAUUGGUCGAUGAAUGUAACGAGAUGUGCUCCAUCCUAUACAGACCUCCAGAGUUGUUUAGUUGUGAUUUGGGCUCUUUCAUCACCGACAAAGUCGAUAUUUGGAUGCUCGGAUGUUGUUUAUACGAAAUGAUUUAUACAAGGAAUCCUAUGGAAGCUGUUCAUGCUUCUGGCAACAGCGUGGCUUUAGCAGCACUGUCACCAGAAAGGUUUCCUUAUCCAAAUGAUCACUGUGUUGAUGAUGAGAUACUCAACUUGGCUAAAAAAAUGAUGCAAGCUGAUCCUGCGAGACGGAUUUCUCUUCGUCGAGUUCGAGAAGCAGUUGCUGCUAUGCAGGAGACUGAAGAAGAGGAGGAAGAGGAAGUGGAGCACGUGGAAACAGAACAAGGAACCAGUACAUGUAUUCAACAGAGUCAUUUUGCAGAGGCAUUAGCUAUGGGACGCCUCGAUAUGCAUCUUGAGGGAGCACCAGAUCUGGACGAAAACCACUUGCGCACUGUACCAGAACAAGAUGAACCGUCUGAAUCUUCGGAUGAACCACCUACUAGACAGGAUUCUAGAGCUGAAGACGAGCAAUCUGUUGAGAACUUAACUAAUUAUGUUGCUGGUUCAGAACCACCUGAUUCUGAUAGAUCAGAUCCUGAUAAAGUUGAGCAGGAAGAUAGCCAAAUUUCAACUGUGGAAUCGGAAGUGGUGGAAGCUGAAGUUGCACCAGUUGAAGUUAGAAGUUCCAGAGGUCCACCUCCUCCAAUUACUCCUCGAGGUCCAAUUCCAUUCAAUCCUAUGCGCUUCCUUAUCAAACGGGCUGCAGAUAACUGCAGAGAAAAGUAUAGAAGAAAAUUCCGUCGAGCUGGUCGAAUGAGCGCAGUUCACGAAGAAUCAGAGGAUGCAGCGAAAUCCACUUCUUCUAUGUUUACUUUCCAUGAUGCAGCAAGUUCAGGAGACAGUUCAACACCAUUAGUAAGGAAAGAUUUGGAACAUUCUUACUUGCCCCCUAGAGCAGCUUUAGUAUCUGGUCAACGUUAUCCAGAGAGAGGACAAUUGCUUUCCAAGUUUGCACAUCAUAAAAAUCCUCAGGUCAUCUUCACAUCACGCUUUAUCGAGAACUAUCUCUAUUUCAAAAGGAACGGAUUCUCCAUUCCAGAUGCUAGUGUGCCCACCAGUAUUUUGAUUGAAGAAGAGAAAGCUGCUCACGAAAGGAAAAUGGCAAUCCUGAUGAAGGCAAAGGAAAAGGCUGAAGAGAAGAAGAAAGAGAAAGCGCAAAAGGCGCAAGAAAGAAAAGAAAUGUUGGAAAGGCAAGCAGAAGAAGAUCCCGAUAGAACUCCUCCGGCUACUCCCGUCGUUGAAUGCAAAGAGCCACGUCCAUCACCUUUCCACUACAUGCCGUUUGAUCCGACUUCUGACACAUUCAUUUCAGUUGAAGACCAAAUUGACUUCAUCAAAGAAUAUCACGAUGAAGAGCUGAAGGUUAUUCAGCAGCCAAAUCUUCCACCUCCACGAACUUUCCUUGAACUCUUGAGAAGAUUUAGGACUGGACAAAAGCGAUUUUCCGAGCCAUAUCUUCUGAUUGAUCCACCUCCAGUUAUGCGACCUGAUCCCAUAGUAGACCUGCUCGAAGAGAUACAAGACGUUCCAGAAAGACCGGAUUCACCCUACUCUGUUUGGAGACAGUGCAAAGUUUUCGAUAGAACAUUCACCAAGAAAUUGGCCAAGAGUGCUCUUCGAAAGGAGCCUUUCCUGCCCAAACACUAUCCGAUUGAUCGUGAAAGAAUGAAGCUUCCACCAGUACCAUCUCCUGUGCCAUCAAUCACGGAAAGUCGAAAGAAAAAAAAGAAACGACCCGCCCAAACUCAACAGGAAGACUUUUCUCAACUCACAUCAGUUCCAUCACGAUUCGAUACUAACCAGCCAGCAUCUAAAACGGUAGAUAUUCCGAUGCAAACGUUUUCCAGGCCGAAAGAACCAUCAUCUCACAUAAUGACAGAAGUUGUGGUGGAGCCAAUACCAAAUGUUCCUUGUACGUGUGAAACAGAAGUAAUGGAAACGGAAAUUAUGUCUCAAGAGCCAGCUUAUGUUAUCAAUGAGCUUGGAAUAUCGAUGCCAACCAACUUGAAAGCAUUCGAAAAUGACAGUCCAGAGACUGCUCGGAUCAAAGCCAAAGGAGAGCUCAUAUUUGUUCCAGCCCUACACCUUCCCGAUACCCUACCCGCCCUCUGUGAUGACAGUUCCGAAUCAGAUGAAUCGGAGUUCUCACCAUCACAAGAAUCACAGAGAAAACUACUUUGA